CUUCUCUACCCUUCCUCUUCCCUGUCUCUCACUUCACCCCAACCUUGCUUCUUCCCAAUGCUGGCGGCCGCUUUUAUAUCUCUCACGGCCUGAUACCCUUCCUUUCCCAACGCCCAUCUCUCUCUACGGUAUCCUCCCUGCCUGCUCCUGUCUUCCGCCGUGGUCAUACCUGAUCGCCAGCUGGCAACUCAACGCACACGCUCCCUCUCCCCCGCCCUACCGCCAGCAUGCCUCCUCCCGACUUUACGUGGGCGGGUGCCUCCUACCCAUGGAUCGGCGCCCCAACCCUAUUCAAUGGCACAUAUCCUGAAGGAGGCAACUCCAAAACCACCAAUCUCAACCAAUGGUUCAGCUCCGGCGACCAAGCCUACAUCAUCGUUGCAUCCGCCAUGGUGCUCGUGAUGAUUCCCGGCCUCGGCUUCCUCUACUCUGGCCUCGCCCGCCGGAAAUCGGCCCUCAGCAUGAUCUUCGCCUGCAUGGCCUCCUUCUCCGUCAUCACCUUCCAAUGGUACUUCUGGGGCUACUCGUUGGCCUUUAGCUCCGCAGCGACGAAUGGCUUCAUUGGCGAUCUAAGACACUUCGGACUGAUGGGCGUCCUCGCUGCACCGAGUCCCGGCAGCCCGCUGAUACCCGAACUGCUAUACUCCUUCUACCAGCUGCAAUUCUGUGCGACCACCGCCGCCAUCGUCAUGGGCGCGAUCGCAGAGCGCGGCCGUCUCAUCCCCUCUCUCGUCUUCAUCUUCGUCUGGGCCACACUCGUCUACUGCCCCCUUGCUUACUGGGCCUGGGGUGCCAAUGGCUGGGGCUUCUCCUGGGGCGUCAUGGACUACGCCGGCGGCGGGCCCGUCGAAAUCGGCUCCGGAUUAUCUGCCCUCGCCUACUCGUGGAUCCUCGGACGCCGGCAAGAGAAGAUGAUGCUCAACUUCCGCCCGCACAACGUCUCCAUGAUCGUCCUCGGCACCGUCUUCCUCUGGUUCGGUUGGCUCGGCUUCAACGGCGGAUCCGCGUUCGGCGCCAACCUCCGCGCUGUCAUGGCGUGCUGGAACUCCAACCUCACCGCCAUGUUCGCCGCCAUGACCUGGACGAUUCUCGACUGGAGGCUGGCGAAGAAGUGGUCGAUGGUCGGCUGGUGUUCCGGCGCGAUCGCCGGGCUCGUUGCCGCCACGCCCGCAUCGGGUUACAUCACGCCCUGGGCCUCGGUCGCCCUGGGCAUCACAACGGGCAUCCUGGCCAAUUUUGGCACCAAAGUCAAGUACUGGAUUCAGAUCGACGACGCCAUGGACGUCUUCGCCGAGCACGGCCUCGCGGGCAUGAUCGGACUCUUCUUCAACGGCAUCUUCGGCGCGUCGUACAUCAUCGGCCUCGACGGCGUGAACACGGGCAGCAUCCCCGGCGGCUGGAUCGAGCACAACUGGAUCCAGCUGGGCCAGCAAGUCGCGUACAUCGUGGCGUGCACGGUCUACGCCUUCGUCGUCAGUGCGCUCAUCGCCUUCAUCAUCAACAAAAUCCCCGGCCUGCACCUCCGCGCCUCCGACGAGGCGGAGCUGCUCGGCAUGGACGACGACCAGCUCGGCGAAUUCGCGUACGAUUACGUCGAGGUGCGGAGAGAUUACCUCGCGUGGACGACGUCGAACAACCCCGACAUGCCGCAGUCGGAGCGCCAUGGGAUCGAGGAGAUGAGCGCCAUGCUCGAGGGCAAGUCGCCGCCGGGCGAGAGCUCGACGUCGGGUGACAGCCAUACUGGCGUGGGGGGCGACAGGCAUGGAAUUGAGGCCGAGAAGGUGGAGAAGGAGAAGAGAGGGGAGAGACACUCGGAGAAGGAAUGAUUUGCCGCGAGCGGUCUUCUUCUUGGGUUGCACGAAUGUGUUUUACGACAUGAAGUUUCUUCUUUUUUUAUUUGCUUUGGCAAAUGUCAAUUGCAAGGCGUUUUGGACGGGCGAGAUGAGCGGCCAGGAGACGGCACGCGUGCCUCGCGUGGGAUUGAGCGAGUGCUUGGGCGGCAUAGAUGUUGUAGCUGUGGCGCAACCUACACAAUCAUGAUAGAGAGACGUGGAAAAUCUAGCCCACGAUGGCAUUGAACGUGACA